AGACCAAGACUUUUGUUUUAGCCUUGCAACAAUAAUUGCACAAUACAAAUAUUUGCCCAGCCUAAAGUCCUCAUUCCCACUCCAUAACCUUUUCUCGGCCUUCCUCCAAAAUUUGAUCUGUACAACCUAAAACGGAUCAGUUUUCAUUCAUGGCGGAUUCUAUUCUGUUUAAUGUUGCUGCAAAUGUUAUAACCAAAGUGGGUUCUUCUGCACUUCGAGAGCUUGCAUCGUUGUGGGGAGUCAAUGAUGAGUUUGACAAACUCCAAAACACUCUUUCGGUCAUUAAAGCUGUGCUUCUCGAUGCAGAGGAGCAGCAAUCCAUGAGCCACGCAGUCAAGGAUUGGAUUUCAAAGCUUAGAGAGGUUUUCUAUGAUAUUGAUGAUUUGAUUGAUGAAUUCUCCUAUGAAACCUUGAGAAGACAAAUUCUUACCAAAGAUAGAAGAAUCACCAAACAAGUACGUAUCUUCUUCUCCAAAUCUAAUCAGAUUUCAUUUGGUUUCAAAAUGGGUCAAAAAAUUAAACAAGUUAGGGAGAAACUAGAUGCUAUUGCUGCUGAUAAAGCUCAACUCCACCUUUCUGUGCGUAUGAGGGAGAUUCCAGAUACUGAGUUAAGGAAGAUACCAGAGACUUCCUCUUUUAUUUCUGAGGGAGAAGUGAUUGGUAGGGAUGAUGAUAAGAAGAUUAUUAUAGAUUUUCUAUUGGAUACAAGCACCAAAAAGGAUAAUGUUGAAGUGGUUUCAAUAAUUGGCAUGGGAGGAUUAGGAAAGACCGCACUUGCUCAAUCUGUCUAUAAUGAUAACAAGAUAAACGAACAUUUUAAGUUGAAACUAUGGGUUUGUAUUUCUGAAGAGUUUGAUGUUAAAGUAAUUGUCGAAAAGAUUUUAGAGUCUAUCGAAGAAAAGAAACCUGAGCCCCUUCAGUUGGAUAAAUUACAAAGUAUGCUUCGAGAGAAAAUUAAUGGAAAAAAGUACUUGUUGGUCAUGGAUGAUGUGUGGAAUGAAAGCCAUGAAAAAUGGAUUGGUCUAAAAAGAUUUCUAAUGGGUGGUGCCAACGGAAGUAGGAUUUUGAUCACAACACGUAGCCAACAAGUUGCACAGACUUCUGACACAGUUUGGUUUCAUCAUUUAAAAGAACUUGACAAGGACAACUCUUGGGUUUUGUUUAGAAAAAUGACAUUCUUGAACAACCAAGAAGAGCUUGAGAAUUCAAAUUUGGUCAAAAUUGGUAAGGAGAUUGUAGCAAAGUUGAAAGGUUCUCCUCUUGCAAUAAGAAUAGUUGGGUGUCUGUUAUAUUUCAAAAACACGGAAAUAGAGUGGUUAUCAUUAAAGGACAACGAACUCGGCACAAUUUUCCAACAAGAUAAUCAAAUUCAACCAAUAUUGAAGAUAAGUUUUAACCACCUUCCGCCUAAUUUGAAGCAAUGUUUUAUGUAUUGUGCUUUGUUUCCCAAAGAUUAUGAGUUUCAAAAGGAUGAAUUGGUAAAACAAUGGAUGGCACAAAGUUUCAUUCAACCACAUAAUACGAAGGAAAUUGAAGAUGUUGGUGAUGAUUAUUUUAAAGAGUUAGUGGGGAGGUCACUCUUUCAAGACAUAAGAAAAAACAAAUGGGGAGACAUCAAGAAGUGCAAGAUGCAUGAUUUGUUACAUGAUCUUGCAUGUUCAAUAGUAGAAAAUGAAUGUGUGGUUGUAAGUGAUGGCGUUGGAUCCAUUGACAAAAGGACUCGACACGUCUCAUUUCUCUUAAGCUCAGGGUCAGUAUCAAGGGAAGUUGUACCAAAAUCAUUCACUGAGGCAAAGAGUCUGAGAACAUUGGAUAUUGAUAGUCGUGCUUCUUUCCGUUCUUUCAAGAAAACUUAUCAUAACAACCUGUUUCGAUUACGAACAUUGAAUUUGGACAGAUGUUGUUGUCAUCCUCCCAAGUUUAUUGAUAAGUUGAAACAUUUGAGAUAUCUUAAUCUUUCUGGUAUGUAUGUACAUUUCCUACCAAAUUCUAUUACCAAAUUGUAUAAUUUGGAAACACUUAUCCUUCGCUACUGCUUUUGGCUAAGAAAAUUGCCGAGAGAUAUUAAUAAUUUGAUCAAUCUUAGACAUCUUGAUAUAUAUAAUUGCCUCGCUUUGACGCACAUGCCUAAAGGAUUAGGUGGAAUGACUAACCUUCAGACACUGAGUUUGUUUGUAUUAGGAAGGGAUAAGAUUGGUGGUGAUUUAAGUGAAUUGAAUGGACUUAAAAGCUUGAAGGGAUCAUUAUGUAUUCGAAACUUACAAUUUUGCACAACUGCUGUUUUAAAAUAUGCAAAAUACUUGGAAGAAAAGUCUGGAAUUCAAAAGUUGGAAUUACAUUGGGACACGGAUGCUGAUGCCUUAGAUGAUGAUGAUGAUGAAGAUGAGGGGGUUUUGGACUGUUUAAAACCACAUCCAAAUCUUCGCAAAAUGGGUAUACAAGGAUUUAGAGGAAUGAAGUUAUGUGAUUGGGUAUCUUUUGAUUUCCUGGGAGGUUUGGUUAGCAUAGAGCUUUCACACUGUGAAAAAUUGCAGCAUCUCCCUCGAUUUGAUCAAUUUCCAUAUCUCAAGCAUCUUCUACUUGGAUACUUACCCAAUAUCGAAUACAUAAUUGAUAACAGCAAUUCUGUUUCUUCAUCAGCUUCCUUUCCAUCCCUUGAGAAACUACGGAUUGAGAGCAUGCCUCAGUUGAAAGGGUGGUGGAAGGCAAAAAUCUCAUUUCCAGCAAAAUUUCAUCAACUUUCACAAUUAUGUAUUUUUUAUUGUCCUCAGUUGGCUUCUAUUCCCCAACAUCCAUCUUUGGAAUCAUUGAGAAUAUGUGGUGUUAGUGUGCAACUUUUUGAGAUGGUAAUAAGAAUGGCUACAGAUUCUUCUUCUUCUUCUUCAACCCGGUCUAAAUUAUGUACUCUGGAGAUUGGAAAAAUUGAUCUCGAGCUCUUGCCAGAAGAGUUAUUCUGCAAUAUGACAGAUCUCGAGUAUCUUACGAUAGAAAGUUGCAAAAUUUUACAAUUGUCUUCUUCCCAUCACGUUGAUGAGGAUAAUAAUGAUGUAGUAUGGAAGAAACUCAGUAAUCUCCGCACACUUCGGCUUGAAAACAUUCCCAAAUUGGAGUAUUUUCCCAAGAGUUUGAAAUAUAUCCCAGCUCUUGAAUCUUUGACACUAUCAAAUUGUCCAAAUUUAGUGAGUGUUGAAGGAAUUGGCGAACUCACUUCACUAUCACGUUUGGAAAUUCUGAGGUGUCCAAAUUUACCUUUGUUGUCCGAAGAUAUCGGCCGCCUCAUUUCCCUAUCACGCUUGCAUAUUUGGGAUUGUCCUAGUUUAACUUCGUUGUCAGAAGGAGUCACUCGCCUCACUUCACUGUCAGAUUUUUUUAUUGAAGAUUGUCCCAAUUUAACCUCGUUGCCGGAAGGAUUUCUCCACCACCACUCCUUACGAGGAGGAGGGUUGAGAAUUUCAAACUGUCCCAAAUUGCGGAUUCAAACGAAUGAAGAAAAGGAAGAUGAAGACGAUUGGACUGAAAUCACCCAUCUAUUGACGGGAUGUAGGCACAAACAAUAUUGGUGUAUCUAACCACUAUAAGGAAUAAAGUCUUACAGUGCUCCAUUAAGGAGGAUAAAGUCAUUUGUUCUAUAUCAGAAGCAUAGGUGGAGGAAGGAACUCAAAGCAAAGUAAAUGAAUGAGAUGAUAGUAAUUGGGUGCCAUUUUUAACAGACUGUUCUUUUUUCAUUUUCUUUCAAGUAAUAUUGUCUUUUUUUUUUUUUUUUUAAUGUAAUAUUUUCAAUUGAUAUAUAUAUAUAUGUAGUGUACCGACUAUUAAUAUUGAUAGUGGAAUUUCUGACCAUGGUCACGUAGUUUUUUAUUUCGCAA